AUGGAAGUGGGAGAGAAGAAAUUACCAAAAGCAUACAUCGAUCAUAACCAAAGCGGCACCAAGAUGGACAAAAAAGAAAUAUCUCUAGUUCCUCCACCUCCUGGAUGUCGACAAUGUCAUGAUCGAUACUACAAAAAGAUGGAGAAACAAGAAGUACCUCCACCUCCUCCCUCUCCUCCACCUCUUGGAUUCAGACGAUAUCAUAACCAAACCAGCAAAAAGAUGGACAAGAAAUUAGUAUCUCUAGUUCCUGCACGUCCUCCCCCUCCUCCUCCUCCACCUCUUUUCUCCAAUCCAUUAAGAAGAAAAUUUUCAAAGCCUGCUCCUCCUCUUCUUGAAGAAAAUGCAAGAUGUCUUUUGUCUCAUCCAACUCACCCUCACACCCUCUCUCAAAGAUAUAGCAAAAGGAACAUCAAGUUUGAUUGUUUUUCAUGCGGUAUAAAACCAUCUCCCUUCAGUUACCACAACCAUUACUUCUGCAAGACGUGCGAUGUGAAUUUUCACAAUGGUUGUCACAAUUUCCCAAGGAAGUUAACCCAUCCAUAUCACCUCCAACACCCUCUGACUUUUACUUUCCGGAACUAUGAAACCGGAUUUAUAUCUGAUGGCAGUAUAGAUGAAUCCCUUUGCACUACAGUUUUAUCUUACUCCAACAAAUCUAAUCCUAAGAAGUUCGGAUCUAUCGGCUCUGAUCAGUGCACAUGGUGUGGAAAAGAUAUCCAAGGAAAUUGCUUUUAUCGUUGUUCUAUAUGCAACUUUUGUUUGGAUCUCUCUUGCUCACAAAAUGUUCCACUUCUUGUCCUUGCAAACCCAAAGAGUCAUCACCAUCAACUCGUCUUCUAUCCGCGACCACUCUUGACUCCGUGUGAUGCGUGUGGAGUGGUUAAUGUGUUUGAGCCAAGCUAUGCUUGUUUUCAAUGUAACUACAUGGUCCAUCAGAGCUGCAUCAACUUACCACGAGCCAUAAAGAUCACGCGUCAUCAACAUCGUCUUCUUCAUGCUCCUUACCUACAUUCUACAAUUUCACCAUGUCAGAUCUGCUACCAACCAGUUGACAUCAAGUACGGGCAAUAUGAUUGCACCCAAGAGAAUUGCUCUUAUGUAGUUCACUCCAAAUGUGCAACGCAUGAGAACGUAUGGGACGGGGAAGAACUCGAAUGGGAACCCGAAGAAUCUGACGAAAUUGAAGAUAUCAUGCCAUUUAUAAAGAUUGGUAGUGACACGAUAAAGCAUUUCUCUCAUGCCCAUCUCCUAAAGAUCGAAAAGUAUGAUGGUUUUCGAGAUGCAGAGAAGCAAUGUCAAGCAUGCAUCCUUCCUAUCAACUCUCGUGAUUUCUACAAUUGCACGCCAUGUGAUUUUUUUCUCCACGAGGUAUGUGCUGGUCUUCUUCGGAAACUUAGUCAUGCCUUACACAAACACCCUCUUAUCCUAGACACCUCUCCUCAAUACUGUCGAAAUUUUUUCAUUGAUUGUUCAGCUUGUUCUAGAAAGACCUCCGGCUUCAGGUACAUAUGUGCCAAUAAUAAUUGUGAGUCAGAGAAAUUUCUGAUAGAUGUUCGUUGUGUUUUAGUUCCUGACUAUUUCACCCAUGAAAUUCACGAACAUCCUCUAUUCAUCUGCACAUCCUCCAAAGGUGAAAACAAGAUUCGUUGCAAGGGUUGCAAGGAGAUAUGUCGGGGGUCUUACCUACAGUGUACUACAUGCAAAUUCUCUAUGUGUUAUCCAUGUGCUACCAUUCCAACCGAAGUAUGCUACAAAUACGACAAGCAUCCUCUUUCUCUUUGUUAUGGAGAAGAAGCACAUGAUAAGUAUUGGUGUGAAAUAUGUGAGAAAGAGCUUAAUCCAACUGAUUGGUUCUACAUGUGCAACAAAUGUUGUAUCACUAUCCACCUUGAUUGCAUCUUCGGAUCUUCUGCUUAUAUGAAGCCUGGUUACAAGUUUUCUUUUGGGUUUACCAUAUUUCUUUUUGGGUUUAGCAAAGUGGAAGUUCUUCGCAACAGUAGCAGCACUCGGCCAUUUUGCACUAAAUGUGGUAAUCGUUGUUCUGGUUACAUCUACUACAAAAAAUAUAACGCCGACCCUGUAAAGAUUACUUGUUCUUUGAAUUGUUUAACGAAAGAUAAUGAUGGUGCUAAGACAUGA